GUAGAGGUGGUUCGUUUGGAGCUGGACUUCCAGAUUUUGAGCAGGUCCAGCAACAUGACUCCAUCAUGAUGAGAGAGAUAUUGAAUAUGCCUCUAGUUCAGGAUCUAGUGAAUGACCCAGAAAUCAUCUGCAACUUUAUCGUGAACAGUCCUCAAAUGCGAGAGUAUGUGAAUCUUAAUCCCGAGCUCCCACACAUAUUCAAUGACCCUGCUAUAUUUCUCCAGACAUGGGAGGCUGCACGUAAUGAACUCAUGCAUGAGACGAUAAGAACUAUUCAAUGGUCAUUGAGCCACACUGAAUCGUCUCCUGAGGAAUUUAACAUGCUAAGGCACAUGUAUGAGAAUGUCCAAGAGCCAUUUCUGAAUGCAACAAGCAUGGCUGGAGAUACAAGAAAUGAUUCAGGGACAAACCCGUUCGUGGCUCUUUUGGGAGCCCAGGAACAAGGCAGAAACCGGUCAACUAACCCUCCAGCUACUGGUUCUGACACAGCUGCUAAUCCUCCUGCUCCAAACUCGAACCCACUUUCGGAUCCUUGGGCAUCAGCUGACUUUGGAGGUGCCCAAAUGAAUACCGCUCCCAGAUCAAAUGCUUCUAGGAAUAUUUGGGGACCCUCUCCUGGUGGUUUGGAUGACAUAGCAGAUUUGCAGCGAAUGCUAGGUGGCUUACCUGGCGCCUCUUCUGAAAAUCAGUUAAUAGGAUACCCAUCCAUCUCACAGAUAAUGCAGCACAUAAACCAGAUUAUGGGGCUCUACCCCAACUCUCAUCCUGGGGAUAUGAUGCCAAAUCCUGAAUUAAUUCAUCAGUUGAUGUCCUCUGAGAGGAUGCAGGAAUAUCUGGUACAACAAGGGCUAUUUCCUUACCUUGAUCAGCCGCAAUCAAACCAAGAACAAGAUCAGGACGAAGCUGACGAAACAGGUAAUAUCAUUCUAUAUAUUUCCCAAUUUGAUAUCCUUGUAACUGUAAAUAUACCCUUAGGUUUGGAGGGAAUGAUCUCUUGA